CAUCCCCACCAAUCCAACACCAGAACAAAUCCAAGCCACCCAAAAUCCCAACCCAAAAAGAAACCAGAGAAUGAUACAGAGCAAGGAAAAUCUUUUCUUCUUCUUCCUCUGAAACACUUUCACUCUCCCUCCCAUUUUCCUAUCUCUCUUUUCAAUGGAUACCUUACUGUCUUCCCACUCUCUUUCCCCUCUCCUCCAUCCAAAAGCUCCAUCUCUGAAACACACUCAUUUGCCCCAAUCUCUCCAACCCAUAUCAAAUCCACUAUUUCUCUACAAACCCUUUUCUUGCAGCCUCAGAGCACAAAGUUCUCAGCCAUUAAAAUCUACUUCAAAGGUACGUACCAGCAACAGCUGGUUAACUCGUGCCCAACAAGCGCUAGCGGCUUUAGCUCUCUCUUUGGCUCUCAACUUUUCCCCACUGUUGCAUAGUGACAAUGCACUAGCGUCUGAGUUUGAUGUGCUCAAUGAGGGGCCACCGAAGGAUUCAUACGUGGUUGAUGAUGCGGGUGUGCUCAGUAGAGUUACCAAGUCCGAUUUGAAGCGGCUGCUGUCAGAUUUGGAAUCCAGGAAGAAUUUCCAUAUCAAUUUUGUCACUGUUAGGAAGCUCACUAGCAAAGCUGAUGCUUUCGAGUAUGCUGACCAAGUUUUGGAGCGCUGGUAUCCCACUGUUGAAGAGGGCAAUAACAAGGGCAUUGUUGUGCUUGUCACCAGUCAAAAAGAAGGAGCAGUUACCGGUGGCCCUGCAUUUAUUGAAGCUAUUGGAGAAAAUGUUCUUGACGCCACUGUAUCAGAAAAUCUUCCUGUCUUUGCUACGGAAGAAAAGUACAACGAGGCCCUCUAUAGCAGUGCCAAACGGCUAGUUGCUGCAAUUGAUGGCCUUCCAGAUCCUGGAGGGCCCAAAUUUAAGGACAACAAACGAGAGUCUAAUUUCAAAACCAAGGAAGAGACAGAAGAGAAACGAGGACAAUUCAGUCUUGUCGUUGGAGGUCUGUUGGUGAUUGCUUUUGUUGUUCCCAUGGCACAAUACUAUGCUUAUGUCUCCAAGAAAUGAUACUUGUACUGUUAGACCUUCAUUUUGGAUCAAUUCUUCUAGAUUAUGAAGGGAAAGUAUAACACAUGUACAAAUUGAUCAUGUUGAAAUUGUUGAUAAGAGACUUGCAAUCAAGUGACAAGUACAAAAUUUUGAUUUGUAUUUAUGAAACCUGUAUUUGAAAUCGUGUA